AUGGAGAGCCCCAACCUCACCACGGUGACUGAAUUCAUCCUCCUUGGCCUCUCCAGUCGGCCUGAGCUCCAGGUGCAUCUCUUCCUCCUCUUCCUCAUGAUCUACCUGAUGAUCUUGCUGGGGAACCUGCUCAUUGUGUUGCUGAUAUUGAGGGAUUCACGACUCCAUACACCUAUGUACUUUUUCCUCACUAAUUUGUCCAUUAUAGAGGUCUGUUUCACAUCCUCUGUGUUUCCACAGAUGCUGGUACACUUCUUGGCAGAGAAAAAAUCCAUCUCCUACUCCCGCUGUGUCAUACAGGUUUACGCAUUCUUGACCUUUGGCAUUGCAGAGUGCUACAUCCUAUCAGUGAUGGCCUAUGACCGCUAUGUUGCUAUUCGAGAUCCCUUAAGGUACACAAUCACAAUGAACUGGAGGUUCUGUGGGAUUCUGGCUGCUGGGUCUUGGUUGGGUGGCUUUGCAUUAUCCAUAGUGGACACAGUAACCACAUUUCAGCUGUCAUUCUGUCGGGAUAAUGUCAUCAAUCAUUUUUUGUGUGAAAUGCCUGCCUUACUGCACCUCUCAUGUACUGACACAAAUCAUGCAGAGCUGGUCAUGCAUGUCCUCUGUAUCUUUACCCUUUUUUGCCCUAUCACCUUUAUCAUCAUUUCCUAUGCACAGAUCAUUGUUGCUGUCCUGCGUGUUCGCCCUGCCCAGGGAGGCAGAAAAGCCUUCUCUACUUGUUCUUCUCACCUUCUGGUUGUUACCCUAUUUUUUGGCACUAUAAUGUCUCUUUACACAAAGCCUCGGUCUCUAUCUUCUCCAGAAUACAAUAAAAUUAUUUCUGUGUUUUAUGUAGCUUUCACACCUGCCCUCAACCCUCUCAUUUAUAGUCUCAGGAAUAAAGAAGUGAAGAUGGCCCUGAGAAGACUUUUGGGAAAAUCUGAAGGUGCUUAA